AUGGCUCCUUGUAAGCGGUCGAGCUGGAUUUCCCCGCAGCUCUGUCUUCUCCUCGUCCACCUCGUCUUGCCCUUCGCAGUGGCCGGCGCCGAUGUUCUGCAGUUCAUCGACCCUCUCAUCGGCAGUACGAACGGGGGCAAUGUUUUCGCCGGAGCCACACGACCAUACGCUCUGGCAAAGCCCGUCGCCGACGUCGACGGGCAGAACACCGGAGGCUUUGCGACAGAUGGGUCGAACAUCGUCGGCUUCUCCGCCGUGCACGACUCGGGGACCGGCGGAAACCCGAGCUUGGGAAACUUUCCGCUGUUCCCUAAGCUCUGUCCGGGAGACGAGGUCAGCAACUGCAAAUUCCUGAUCGCCGACCGCGCGACCCCCUAUGUCACAGACUCGGUCGUCUCCAGGCCGGGCUAUUUUGGUGUGGACAUGGCAUCCGGAGUCAAGGUGAGCAUGACUUCCAGUGAGCAUGCCGCCCUGUUUCGAUUCGAAUUCCCAGACGGGGAGGGUGAGCACCCCAUGGUACUGCUGGACCUCACGGAUCUGUGGAAAAGCCGCCAGAACGCGUCCAUCAGUGUCGACGCCGACGGCGCUCGGAUGAAGGGAAAUGGCACCUUCCUCCCGAGCUUUGGCGCUGGUUCCUAUGUGAUGCACUUUUGUGUCGACUUUUUCGGAGGGCAAGUCUUCGACGGUGGGGUGUGGGUGAAUAAUCGUGGCGGCACGGAACCAAAGGACCUCUUCGUAACCCGUGGCUUCAACCUCUUCUACCUUGAAGCUGGAGGCUGGGCACGCUUCGAGGGUUUGUCGAACAACACGUUGACCGCGAGGAUGGGCAUCAGUUUCAUCAGUGCUGACCAGGCCUGUCAGAGCGCCACAACGGAGAUUCCUGAUCCAUCCAACGAUUUCGAUAGACUUGUGGCCGAGACGGAAGAUGCCUGGCGGGAGAAACUCAGCCCGAUGUCCAUAAAUCCGGGCGGUGCGAGCGAGGAACUGCAGUCGAGUUUCUGGAGCGGGCUGUAUCGAAGUAUGAUCUCCCCGCAGAACUACACAGGCGAGAACCCACACUGGGACAGUGGUAUCCCGUAUUUCGACUCCUUCUACUGCCUGUGGGAUGCCUUCCGUGUUCAACAUCCGAUUCUCACCAUCGUGGACCCCAAUGCACAGGUGCAGAUGAUCAACUCGUUGCUUGACAUAUUCGAGCAUGAGGGCUGGCUGCCCGAUUGUCACAUGUCUCUCUGCAAUGGAUGGACACAGGGCGGGUCCAACGCGGACGUGGUCAUCGUAGAUGCCUACGUCAAAAAUCUGACUGGCAUUGACUGGGAUCUCGCUUUGAAGGCAGUCGUCCAGGAUGCUGAGGUCGAGCCGUUAGAAUGGGCCUACCAUGGGCGAGGGGGCCUCGAGAGCUGGAAAGAUCUCUCGUACAUACCGUAUCUGGACUUUGAUCCGGCCGGGUUUGGCACAAAUUCGCGGAGUAUCUCGAGGACCCUCGAGUACGCCUACGACGAUUACUGUCUCGGUGUACUGGCGCAGGGGCUUGGCCAUGACGACCUGUACGACAAGUACGCGACGAGAAGCACCAACUGGCAGCAUCUCUGGAGAGCGCAGCAGACUUCGCUCAUCAAUGGUAGUGACACGGGAUUCGAAGGAUUCUUUCAACCCAAAUACCAGAAUGGCACCUGGGGAUUUCAGGACCCGAUUGCCUGCUCGUCACUUGCCGACUUCUGCUCGUUGACCACCAACCCGAGCGAGACCUUCGAGGCGAGCGUGUGGCAAUACCAGUUUCUGGUACCUCAAUCAAUGUCGACCUUGAUCGUACUGAUGGGUAGCGAGGAGUCAUUCAUAGAGCGCCUCGACUUUUUCCACACAUCGGGGCUGGCGGACAUCUCGAACGAGCCAGUCUUCUCGACGGUCUACCUGUACCACUAUGCCGGUCGGCCGGGUCUGUCUGCCAAACGUCUGCACACGUAUAUUCCGUCGGCCUUCAAUGCCUCUCACGGAGGCCUGCCUGGCAACGACGAUUCAGGCUCGAUGGGAGCGUUUGUGGUGUUUGGCAUGCUGGGUCUCUUUCCCAUGGCCGGACAAGAUGUAUACCUGAUAUCUGCACCGUUCUUUGCCGAGGUGAACAUCACGAGCCCCCUCACAGGCAAGACGGCGCAGAUUAAGACCACGGGGUUCGAUGCCGGCUAUGAGAACAUCUUCAUCCAGAACGUCACGGUCAACGGACAGCCGUGGACAAAGUCUUGGAUUGGCCACAGCCUCUUCACCGAGGGCUGGACGAUGGAGCUGGUGCUUGGAAAUCAGGAAUCCGAAUGGGGUACGAAGGUCGAAGACCGGCCGCCGAGCUGGGGAGGAGCGAACGUUGUUGUGUGA